UAUGAUGAAAGCUGUUCCCAAAGGCCAUGCAAAGGAAUUGAUCCCGCAGCACCCUUCCAACCCGCACAACUCUGCAGACAUGUGUUUGCACGGCGGGGACACCACGGGCUGAGCAGUGCCAGGCGGGGGGGGCUGCCUGCAUCCAGCCCCCAGGGCAGCGCUGAGCCCACCUCGCCCGCCACCAUCUGCUCCUGCAUGGGGAUGCCUUGCAUCCACUAAACGUAAGAACAGGGUUGCUGAAUAACAGGACUGCCUCAUGACAGAAGCAUGGAAAGAGUUCGGCCACUUUAGGGAGGGGGAUAUAAGAGUUAUAAGAAUAAGAUAAGAUAUAAGAUUAUAAGAAUUUUAGGAGUUUUUGAGACUAAAAGGCAAGAGCAUCUGUAAUAUUCUCAAAAUAAUACGAUUCCAGAUGGCUGUACCAAGUACAAAAUGGCUAGAAUUAAAUGCUCGGCAACUGCAUUUUUGUGUAAAUAUCCAUUCAAUCAUUAUAUAAGUGACAGUAGACAUAGUACAUGCCCCCGCUAUGCAUGGGAGAGAACAUAACUGACUGACUGGGAAUGAGGACGUGGAAACAACCACCCUGAGUAGAUGAAUCCAAUUAGCCAAAACCUUAAUAAAGUUUUGCAGCCUAGGUAUUUUCUCCCCUGGCAAAAGGCUGAAAGUGAUAUUUCCCUGAACUCUUGAGGGAGUGUCCAUUCACAGGUAAAAAUCUAUGCAGUAGGAGCUGGUCUGCAGAAUUCCUGUUUGCCAAGUGCAGUUUUUUAAAAUUGUAUUAGCUUGCUUGAAGAGAAGGGAUAUGAAGCAAUCCAUCUGGUUUUGUCCCACCUGUGGAGAUCACAUUGUGUAUCUGACACUGGGAGUUGUUACUAUAGUGCCUGUUACAGCUUUUGUGCUAAUUCAUCAAUUAGCUGAAUGCCAACUCUGCCUCACCUGAAGCAAUGACACCUGCAGCUGUGUGUUAUCUCCCUUUGAAACUGAGAGUACCUGAACCUGAGCUGGCUGCUCAGGAUCCCUGGUGAGCCUGCAGCAGCCCCAUGGAGGUGAGCAGGGCUGCUGUGAGCUGAAGGUGCUGGGGGCUGCAGGGCUGGGAGGCGAUGUGAGUCGGAAAAGGUCCCCGCAGCUGUGCUGCAAGUUACUGAAGGGCUGAAUCUUGAACUGAAAAAGAGGGAAGUACGCAGGAGAACGAAGAUGAUGAGGAAGCUGAAUUAUUUUUAAUACUCCUGAAUCCUCACUUUUAAAUGCAGUGCAGCCUCUGCAGCAAGAGGCAGUCUUCAAGGAGUCAGCAAAGCUGGCGGAAAUGUGGGCUCCCGUCCAGCUGCUGGCAGUGCUCCGGCCUGGAGCAGGGGGGCUAAGCCAGGGGACAGGCGUGUCCUCUGCUCUGCCACUGGCUGAGAGAGUUGCACUGUGAAAAGUGCUGUGGGGUUGGGCACAGCUGUGCACAAAAGGAAUUUACUGUUUUCACGACUUCAGUGCUUCGUGCGAUCUCUAUGUAUCUUCAUGUUGUAUGGGGGCACCUGCCCCAGAAGCUGAUGAGAACGGAUGAGGCGACUGUACCAGAAGUUGUGGCAUUGCAUGGAAGGUAUUGUAAGUUGUGGAGUGAUGGGACUCAUUAGGUCAGGAUGAUGGUCGGACUUUUCCAGCCUGGAUGACUCCACGAUGCUCCUACUGGGAGUGAAAUGAGCAGCAGGUAUCUCGAUGGCUGCUCAAACGUUGCUGCUGUUGUUGACAGCUUGGGCUGACGGCUUGUUGUGGUACAGCCUGCUUACCUGUAAAGCUCUUAACCUUGAGAUAAAUAGUUUAUAAAGCAUCUCUAUGAUGAAUCUCUGAUGAAAAUAAGAGCAGGACAUUUCAUUGAGCUUGUAUGGACAAGAAAAAGCUAGCGGGGAUUUAGAAAGGAGAAUGCGUAAAAUCAAUCAACAAAAAAACUCUCUGUUGCUUAAUUUGCAGCCAUCAUAUGAAAUGUUUAGUGGUAUAAAAUGGUAGCUAGCAGCAAAUACGCGUAUUGCACUUACCCUUCAUGUGUCAUUCAUGCUAUAAAACAGAUGAGUAAAAGUGAAAGGCAGAACUCGGGAUUUCAAAAUAGCUCUUAGACCAGGCAGAAAAAAAUGCAGGAUAAGUACUUCUCCCACAGAACUUCAGUACUGAGCGACCAGGAGCUGGCUGUGAGCGGGCGUAUUGCUCUUGGACAGCUACAGGAUCAUUGCAGGAGAAACAUUCAGUGUUUCCAGUAACUUUAAGCCAAGAAAUCCAAUAGACCAGAUGGAAUAUAUCAGCAUCCAGGGAGGGCCAGUUUAAACAUGGGUAAGCACAGGGGGCCCAGCACUCAAACUUUUAACACUUCUAAAUGGUUACUGUGAACAUAAGAGGGCUGCUCAUUUCUGCAGGGGGAACUGGAGGUUCGGGACUGGUAAUUACACAGCCCCAGGGGGAAGUGCUGGUGUCCAGACUUCAGAAGUCAGGAUGAAAAUGGCAGCAACAGCUCUGGACAGAGGGAUCAUAACUGAAUGGAGGGGAAAAAAAAAAACACAACACUUCUCUUUCCGCUUGAUACCUCAUGCAAACAGCAAUCACUCUGCAAAGAAGCACGUCCUGGGAGCCUAGGGACUGAAGAUGCCCAAAGAUAAUCUUAUUUCAGCGGCUGGCUUAUACUUUGAAAACACUUCAUUAACCCAAGGUUGCCACAGUGCCUCCAGCACCUGGCAGAGGAGCUGGUUCAGUGGGGAAGAGCUGCUGCCCUGCACCCAGGUGUAGCUGGGGACGAGCAGCACAGCUGCUGCUUCCAUCAGCUUCUUACAAGGAUAGGCAGCGACAGGACAAGGGGGAAUGGUUUUAAGCUCAAGGAGGGAAGGUUUAGAUUGGAUGUAAGGGGGAAGUUCUUUACAGAGAGAGUGGUGAGGUGCUGGCACAGGCUGCCCAGUGAGGUUGUGGAUGCUCUGUCCCUGGAGGUGUUCAAGACCGGGCUGGAUACUGCUCUGUACCAGAUCUGGAGGUUGGUGGCCCUGCCUGUGGCAGGGGGGGUGAAACCUGAUGAUCCUUGGGGAACCUUCCAACCUAAGCCAUUCUGUGAUCAGCACCACCAAGCACCCUUCCUACCGCCCUCAGAGGAUGUGAACUGAAACAUGUCCUGUGUCUAAAACGCACUGGCAAAGGGAGUCCAGAUGUGUGUAGGUGACCAGGUCACAGCUCUGAAAGUGGCCACCAAAGCCCUGAAUUGUGUCAGUUUGGUAACCUGCAUCAGAAGCAAGGUCCUGGACAGGCUGCUAACAUCUAGCUGCCACGCUAGUGUUCUUGUAGACUGGCUUUCAAAUGCUCAGUUUAAAUUUUGCACCUCCCGUUUUGGAACAUGCACACAGAUGUGCCAAGGCAGCAAACACCUGGCUGGCUUCUGGCAGUCGGUGUAAACCAGGCAGAGUGCUUGUGCAGCACCCCUGCUGCACACACAGACAACGAGCACGGCUCCUCUCUUAUCUGGAAAUGCUCAGCUCUUGUAGUGAUGAGUAAGUCUGUCUGCCAGCAGCGAUAAUAAAAUACUGGUUUUUAAGCUUUGCUAUACAACUGAGCAAGGUUUUGAUACAUCAGUCACUGUAUUUUAUAAACAGGUUUAAAGACUUUCAGUGUCACUGCUGUUUGAUAGCAGGUGCAAAAUACAUCAAAACUAGUGAACCCAAGAAAAUGCCCCUUUAACUCUGGCUGAUGCUGUGAGAUAAAACGCUCGCGCAGUGACAGCAAGCUGAGCCAGGGGAGGUAUUAGCAGUAGCGGGAGCCAUAAUAGACCAUACAUUUGUUGCUGGGGCUGAGCUUCAGGCAAUGAGACUGCAGGGGGAAGCUCUCCUUAAUGUGAAACUACAGCCCUGCACACAAGCAGCUCAAGUCUAGCUGUGUUAUGCUGGGGGGAAUGUAGCAAUCGCCAACUGCCAUUGAUCCUGUCCCUGUAUUUUGAGCUGGAAUUAAUUUAUGAUUCUAGUGGCAGCAUUUUUUUUUUUUUUUUCAGUUGAAAGUUUGAUCGAGAAAAUCUUCUAGAUAAGAGAGGCGUGCUGAUGUGUGCACAGCACUACAGCAGGGUCCUUGGUAAAUGUGGGUAGCUCACGGAAACCAGCAGAGAGCACGGUGCGGGCAACAGGGGACAUCUUGAAUUGGUAACGAGCUCUUUUGCCUUCAAACUGUUAGUGAUUUUUCAGUGGUUGUUAACUCAGAGUUUAAUUUCAGUCUCUGAAAUAUUUUGCGCUUAACUUCCUUUGUUUUCUCCACAGUUAACACAUUUCUUACGCCUUCUUCCUAAAGGUGCCGUACCUUUACAAGCAAUGUAUUUUGGUGACUGCGUAACAAAAAGUCCAAUCAUACAAAUCAUUAUCUCUACAGAAAAUUAUUCUUGUUUGGAUGUCAAGCUGUGUGAUUUUCCCAACAGAACCGUGGUAAGUUCUUUGAUAGAUGCUAAGGAACUGCUUUUUGCUUAGGCAGGACAUAGGCAUGGGAGGAACAUGAGGCACAUAAUGAACAGUAAAUUGAUUUUCUUGUGAAGGGGAAAGAUGUCUCAUCCUUCUUUAUAAGGAUACAACUAGCAUAUUCUUCCACACAUGUCAAGAUUAUCUCGAAAAGGAUAUUUUCUUGCCAAGGUAUUUGUCGCAGAAUUUUACAAGCCACGACAAACCUUGCAAGGCCUUGUAGCUCUCCUGCUUUUAUACAGAUGCAAUUACUGUAGCAACAUCUUGUAGAUGACCUGCAGAACUUGCUUUCGGUGCUACUUCACGAUCGGUUUCCAAUCUGGUAGAUUCUGUUUUGUGCAAAAAUGUGGGGAAAGCUGAGAUUUUGAGCACUGCCUGUAUUCUAUGGGGAAUACAGCCACGCACCCUGACAUGCAGCAGCCAGGUCCACCUCGCCAAGAGCCAUGGCAGCUUUCUGUUCAGUGCACCCCAUCAUUCCUGCUGCAGGCGUGCAGCGACAACUUGCCCCUUCCACACAAAUUACCUGUGCUUCCAAGGGGAGGGGAAAUAAAAACAAAAAUUAAGAAGCAGAGCCAGGACGGGCAGCGUUCAGUGAAUGGCAGGUGCUUUCUGCCUGGUAGGUCUGCGCUUUGAGCAGCUGCUUGCAAAGGCCCAGGAACAGAUCUGCUGGUUCAAUCUCUGCCUUUCCUCCUGGUGAUGGUUUGGAGCCAGGGAACAGCUACACUCUGCUCCAAUGUCUGAGUGCUUGCAGCAGGUCUUUGGGGAGCUCAGUCCCAUUUCGUGGAUGGUUUAGAUUCUUUCCUGUGUAUCUCUUCGCACACCCUGCUGGUAGUGAAAGGGAAGAUGAAGGCUGGGGAGGUAUUUGGGCUUCUGAGAGAUUUGUGCUUAGUAAUUAUCACGCUUGUAACUCCUGGCUAAUAGGAGGCAUAACUCUUCCUGUGCAUCCGUGGCUCAGAUGCUCUGUAGUCCUUCCCCAGCAGCAGCACAGGAGCCAGCAAUUCUCAGUAGGGAUAUGGUAAUAUGUUGUAGUAGAGCAAGGCUUGGCAAUAUCAUCACUAAGUAUUAAACAAGGCCUCUGUGCAGUACAUGUGUGCUUCAUCAGGCUGUUGGUGCUGCUUCACUGAUUUCUCUUUCCCCCUAUUUCUCAUGUGCUCAGGAAGAAAAUUUUGCAUGUUUAUUUCUGUGCUUGAAGUUUUCUUGUUGCAGUAACCGCUCCUUCUCUGGAGAUACACCCCUUGCCUUUUACAUAGAGUACUUCUAUUUCUGACUCUGAUAUAUUAAGAAUGGCAUGAAAAAUAGCCACAUCCAUGCUCUGGGGAUGUACAAAAUUCCGUGAGAAAGCAAAGAAUCGGGACAGCUGGUCCAAGGAUGCCAUGAAACUAAAGAUGGCAUUGGUCUGCAGUGUAGAACAAGGCUCAAAGCAAGCAGGGGAAAAGCAUUUUUGCUAAACAAGGUCAAGGUGAACUGAUGAUCCAAGAACAACAAGGUGCGACUGCAGGAGGUGGGGAGCUGCUGCUGACCAGCUGGGCUCCCUGGGGAGAGGGGAGGGCACGGUGGUGUGGCCCCACAGGACUGAACCAGCAGCUCCGUCCUCCGCCACACUGCUCAGGCCUGCAGUUCAUCCCAUGGCUUUUCAUUUAGAAGAAGUACUUUUCAUACAAGAGACUCUGCAGGUGUGCAAGUCAAUUAUGACAGAAAUAUUCUUUUAAACCUUCGUCUCCAGCCAUGCUUAGUGAUAAUACUUUGUACGCUUCAGUGUUGUUGCUUACAAGGUGCUGCUUAUGCCCGUGUAUUUACUAAAGCUUUCCAAUAGGAAUGUGAAGGCCUAGGUUUGUUAAUGCACCAAAGCACAGUCCAAAAUUUUUAUUCCUAGUGUGGGCAUAUUUGAGGGCGGAGGUUAAUUUGCCUGUCCCUGUGUGCAGGGCCCCCUGCUCUCUGCCAGGUCCCUGGACCUACCACCCAGGGUGCUUUGCUCGCCUCCUCUAACCUGUGCCUUCAGCCCUCGCGCUGCCUUUACCAUAAUAGGAGACAGGACAUCAGCCCUGCUCUGCCCUCGUAAACUGCACGAGAAGUUCACUGCCAUUUGAAGCAGAAAGUUUUAUUUCGCUCAGCUCCAAUGAGCUGAUGUUUUGUGCCGUAGCUUUAUAACAAAGGCACAAUACCAGAUGGGAAUAUUGCUUUUGCAAGUCCUCAAGACCUGAGGGCACCCUUCCUUUCCAAGUAAGAACUGGUGAUAGUAUCAGUGUCUGAAUGGGGCCUGGUUUGCUUUCUUUUAAUGCAUUUUAUGUGCUUUUUUUCAUCCCUUCUACUGAAAGUUUAAGGAUUCCUUUAGAGACUCGUACCACACAGUCCCCUGUGGGAAACCAAACCUAUUUGCCGUUUAAUCAUGAUCUCAGUACUGGUAGCACACAGUCCAUCUUUAAUGAGUUGGAGUUCAGUGGAACUGUGAUAAAUGAACCAAUGGGAUUGCAAUUAAAAAAAAACCAAGCAAACAAGUCCCCUGCUUAUCUUGGCUGAGGAGCCUAUGGGUGAAUUCCUUUUAGCUCAGUCUUCUUCCUUCAGCUGAGAGCAGAUGAAGGCCGUUAUACUGAGGUAGAAGCCCACGCACACACCGCUGCUAUGUAUACCUUUACAAGCAAAAUCCAAACUGAAUACAUCAGUGCUGUCAAUCCAGGCAUAAAGCGACGGCUUGUUCUCAGACUGAAAGUGCUAGAGAAGUAUUUCUUAACAGUAAAGCUGAAACUGAGAAGGCAGAAGACGUGAGUACUUAAAAAGAGAAGCUUUUUUCCCAAAAGGGAGCAAUGAAACUAGAGGAUUCUCCAUUUACUCAGGGUUUAAAACAAUGCUCUACUGUUUGCCUGGUUAUAUUAAAUAAUAAAAAAAAAAGAAAAAAGUUUUUACAGUUACAGAAUGUUAGGCUGUGUGAAACCUUUUCUUUCUUUUUAAGAUGUCUCUUGAGGAGACCAGCUCCUGGGGAGAUGGCCAACCCAGAUUGUGGAUGGAAAACUCCUGCCCGAAGGAAAAAAUGAAUGCUGGUCCAUGCAGCGCAGCUGGGAUUCAUCAUGCUCCCCAUUUCUUACACGUCUUUGUGCAUCUGAUCGGCGGUUUACUGGUGGGAAGAAGCACAUGUUGCUGCAUGCCUCAGAUGUGAUCUAUGACUCUUUUUCUUUCAGAUGAAGCCUGAUCUGGACUUCACUGUGUCCUCUGGGCAAUCUACUCUGUGCUGCUCACCUGCGGCAUGAGGCCAAGCACCCAGGCAGGAUGCACACAGCACUGAAAUGGAACAGGAGAUGGAAAAAAAGACGCGUACUGUUAGGCAUCCAUCCCACGUGAACAGGACCACCUGCCGAGUUCCCUGAAAUCCUGUCAUGAGGAGAGACCAGUGUUUAUCCAGCCUUUUCUUUAAUAUAGAGGAUGAAUUGUUAAGCCACGAAGACGUCAGUAUACCCUAAUGAAACUGAUGAAAAUACAAGCCAAAUCUCACAACAAGAAGAGCAAAAGAAGAUAAUUUUCUGUGGAAGAGUACAAAGCUCAACCAGGUGGAUUUGUAUUUUGAUUCUGUUCCUCCUCAGUAUGAGAUCUGCAUGAAUAUUAUCUGCCAAGUUCAGUGUCCUGCUAUCCUGUACUAAUGAGGGAAAAGUCCUGAAGCUGUACUGGAAAGAAGGGGAGGAGAACUUAGAUUUACGAAUGAUGGUUUUCUUGUUAGCCUUAAAUUGAGAGGAUAAGCACAGCAUUAAUGCUUCCACAGUGAUGCAACUCACUCAAGAAGCACAAACAAUGUCUUACAGCCCGAGCUCCUUUAGGGGAUAAUGCUAAAGGUGAUCAUCUGGUUUCAUGCUUUUAUCUUGUUCAUUGUCUCUACGUACUGUGACUUAUCAUGUUAAGAGGAACAUCCUGAUAACGGGGACGCUUCCUCUGUCAUCGAGGAGUCUCUCAUAGAAGUUGAACAGCAGUAGCAAUGACCGCCUGUGGCGGAGAAGUUCACUCCAAGUGCAACCUUUUAUUUCAGGAAAGCAGAAAUGGAAAAGAUGCUGGAAAAAACACUGAAAUGGUCAAGAUGGCUCCCCGCUCUGUUUCUUUAUUCUGGUGAGGUAUGUGAGGAACCGUGAUACUUUCCUUCUAUGUAUCCUCAUACAAUAGCGCAGCUAUUUGGAGUCAGAACUAAAUUUGCAGAGGGAAAAAUGGAAAAAUCCCCUGACUAUAUGUAACCCAAAGGAAAUCCUCGGACAAGCUUCAGUGAUAAACACGGAUAUGCAGAAUGUGCCAUCCCUCAUGAGGUUUCAGGUCCGCGAAAUCUCGGUACACGUGUCUGGAGCUUAUUCCUGCUGAUACCUACAUAUGUACUGCAAGCAUCCAGCUGAAUGUUGGUAUAAUGCAGAAAUGUUACCUCUGAAUACAGCAGUCAUAACAGCCUCCAGAGAGACUCCACACAGCCUGAAUCAGGCCCAGCUUAAUAAUAAGAUUAAAAUGUGCACAGCCCCCGUGCUGUUCUCAUCUCGCUGUUUCAGAUGCCAGCAGAGCUGCUGCCUCUGUAUCUGUAAGGCAAUGGCAAUUGAAUAACAGACAAUUCCACAGCUCUCCAAAAAGUAUUUGUGCUUACUGAAAUAAUUCAUUCCACCAAAACAACUGCUGCCUCGAGAGGUAUUUGCUCUAUUUUGCUGUUUCUAAUCUCAAGCAUGAAUUUUUAGUGUCUCCAGUGCACACUAAAGAACAGAGCCCAGGACACAAUGCUUUUCCUUUGGAGGCAAUUCUGAGGGAAGGGCCUAUCAGUCUGCAAGAUGUACUUGUCUAGAGAAAGAAGGCUACUAGGUUCACGUGUCAAACCUAAUGAUAUAAACAAGGAACAGAAGCCAAUGACUGCCACAAAAAGCCCUCAAUAGAACCAUGUAUUUGUGUUCUUUUAAAUGGUGAUAGGAGCAUGAAGAAGGAAUAACCAUGUACUUGUCAUUCUUUAACAGUAACUCUUACACCAAAAUAAUCUCAAGUAUUUGCUAUGGAUUUGCACCACAAAGCCUCGUAAACACAAUAACCCAGUGUUUGUGCUCCAAACACAAAUACUGCUAUACUGCUCACAGGGAAUAGAAUAUUGGCAAUAACAUUUAAAUUAUUGUCAUCGAGUAAUCCAGCUGUGUGAUGUUCUGAAAUAGAACUAAAUCAUUUACCUUUUACUAACAGUCAUCAUUUAAUGAAACUUCCUGCAAUGACUUAGGCCAGAACACAGAAAGUUUGCAGCCUUGCGGAUGUGGACAUCGCACAUCACAUAUUUAACGUCAUGAAUUAAAUGUCCUUUUUCAGAUGUGGAAUAGGAGCCUGUCUGUUUAUUCUCCUUGCUUUGUUUUAAUUAUUGCUAAUUUGAGCUGCUGAUGUUGUUAUUGAGCCCUAUGCUGCAAAGGAUUUGAAACUUCCCUUGGCAAAGCACUGCGCAGAAAUGUAACUCAGCUCCACGACAGGGAGGUCAGCUACACUUGCUGCCAAACUUGCUGCUGGCACGGUUUAUUUUUACUCCACCCCCUCCAAGUCUACUCAAUGGUUCUUUUCUGCAGCAAUCUGUUCUCUUCCUCUGAGCCUGAUGGUGCUGCUGAGGAUCUCUGCCUUUGGGGUGGGCUCCCUCACCCACGCUCCUCAGCUGCUGGCAGUGCUGGACCCUCCCUAGCUCCAGGUGUCUCAGUGUUUGAUGGCGGAACGAUGCUACCAGCAUCUCCCCAUCACCUGGGGAGCCCGUCUAUCCUUUCUUCAAACCUAAAGCCUGAAGAUGAUUUGCCAUUACCUGCUUUCAAAGUCCUGUCCCCAAAUAUUAAAUACUCUCAUUCUCACAGAGAAAAUGCAAAGCUUUCUGCGCUGCUUUACCCUUCCAGCAUGCCUAAUAGCCAGUCCUCCUAUGAGAAAUAUGAUAAAAUCACAUUUUCUUACAGCAAUGGGCACCCCGGUGAGCCUCUCAGCCCAGCUCCCUGCUCUGUGAGCUCAUUAAAUGCAGCCCAGUGGUGCUGGCAUAAUGUUGCGUCGGAUGACACUUAUUUGAUUUUAAUAUACAUGGAAAUCACUUGUGGAAAGCUUUUAUUAAAGAAAUAAAACUCAGUGCCACAGCCUGAUCUUAUAUAGAGAGACACUGCCUAGAAGUGCGAGCAGUGUGUGAGAGCAUGUGUGAUUUCUGACAAAUGGAGUCAGUGGGAGAAAAACUGAAAAAAUGUCAGCUGUUGUUGCCUGUGUUUUGGCCUCAUGUUCAUGCUCAGAGUCAGCUGAGUCUUUUUCUCCCCCCCAGACCCCCCCAAACUGCACAUAGGAUACAAAUCUCUCUGCAGCUGCCGUCUUAGAAUGUAGCUAGUGAGUUUUGGGUAACUGAGAAUAUCAGUGCUGUUUAGAGUCAAUCUAUAAAUGUGGCACUCCACAAGAACUUAUUCAGGGCAGCACUGAGUAUGCUAUGGACAUUUCUAGGGACGCGUGACAAUUCUAUAGCUGUCUGUUUCAUCGCAGAAUAAAACACAGACCAAAAAUCAUUAAAGUAAUUUGGCCUAUUUCAGUACUGGAAAAAUAUACAGCCGAAUUGCUGAGUUUGGAUAUGCCUGUAAUGGCUUCUGGCGUUAUUUCAUUACUUUCACCUUCUAUGUUUGCCUGUAAAGGAUGUUCAUGUAUUUAAAAACAAAAGAAGCAUUAUCUAAUCGCUAUAUAUUGAUAUAAGAAUCAAUGAAACUGUAUGCAUCUUGGUUUUCUCUUUCAUUUUCCUUAAAAAGAUAACUAGAGAAAUGCGAAUAGAUGGCCAAGAUGUGAUAAGAAAAACUUAUCCCUAUGCCUGCCUAGCUAAAGUACAGAAUGCAAAAUGUUUGAAGAAAACAUUUGCUCUUGUUUUCUUUACAAAAGUCCUUUGUACCCUGCACAGUACUCAUGUGGUUCAAUUUAUUUAUUUUUAUGCAUAUAUGUGAUUUGAGAUGCAGAGUACCAUGUCUCUCAGACUGUAUUGACUGUGUACAGGAUGUCUGGUGAUAUCAUUCUAAUUUCCUGCUGCUGCGGGAGGAUAACCAUGCAAUGCACAGUGGCUGUGGUCUGAAUCAACGUCCUGAAUUCCAAAAUCUCCUCUUUGUCAUCUUCAAGUUCUGAUCCUCCAAGUAAGUGUAGAAAACUACUUUCUGGUUUCUUUUAGUUAUGUUUAUUUUUUACUAUGACAACUUCACAAACAGAACAAGCUUGAGUCUUACUGGAUCUGUUCUUGCCUCAUUCCUCCUUGUUCUAAUAAAAUAACAAGUUAUUUAUAUUCCUGUAUUCCGGAUGAAUUGUAUUAUGUCAAUGGCUGCAUUAGGAGAGACUUUCAAUAGUGUUAUUCUUGCGUUAGUUUUAAAAGUGGAAGGACAAAAGGAGACCUGUGAGUCACCAAAGAAGCAAAUGAACAGCCUCAGAGAUAGCAAUGGUGAAAUGCGUGCAGUGGAUGAUGCUUUCAAAACCACAACCAACCAAACAAAACACACAGUGAAAAAACCCACCCAACCAACCAAACCACCAACAUUCUGAAGUACCGUCAUCUAAUUCUGCCAAGCUCUCAUGACUUAUAAGAUCUCUGGAACUCUUAGUUCUGUGUCAUUUGUUGGCUGUCAUUCGUACCCCAUAUGCUAGCUCAUGUGUUUUAGUUAAAUAUGGGCAACGAUAAUCACAUUCUGUUCUUAAAGUGUGUAAUCUCUUCCUCUCUUUCUUUGUUAUAAAAGAAAAAUGGACUUUCCUUUACCAAAAAAGUGCCCAAAUCAGUUUAGACUUCUGACAAUAUCUGCAUAUUCCAAAUGAUAACGAUAUAUUUCCACAAAAUGCAGUAUUUUGCUGGGAUUUAAAUGUGACUUUAAAAUUUUCCCAAUUGAUUGUAGGACUACACAGUUAUUCACUUGAAUAUCUACUCAAAUAGAAAUGUCCUGGAAAAUCUACAACACAUCCCUGCUUGGGUGAGGAAAGACUGGACAGAAUACUGAACAACAUCCAGUGUGUCAGCUUGCUCUUUGUUUAACAGACAUUCUGUAUUGCAUUAUUAGCAGCAUGGGAAAAAGCAGGUUUACAGCUGCAGCCUCCACCCUCAGGAUAACAAAAGUACAGCACUGAAUUUGGAAAGGUCAUCGCUUCCCUUCUACAAGUACAUUUUUGUUUCUUGUCAUGUACAGAGCGUAUGAUGCUUUCUCUCAGAACUGUUUUGUAAUUCUAACAAUUCCAGAAGUGUCUGUUACCACCAGUUCCUGCUGUAGUUCUGGAGUUACAGCUUAAGAUGGCCACUGUUGCCUGAAUGCUUCAGGCUUGGUGCUAACUUGGGGAGGGGAAAACACUCAGCUUAAUUUUAUGGUAACGGAUAUGUUUGCACAGAGCCUUUAUAGCAUUCAGUGGAAAAAGUCUCCUUGCUGAAUCCUUGCAGAAUCUGCAGCAUUCGGUAGCAGCACGCUGCUAAUGAAUGAGUUGCACAGAGUAAAGCUGUUUGGCUUGCUUUUCCUAAUUGAGAUGUACAGAACUGAACAGCAUGAGCUAAGCGGUGAGUGGAACAGCCCAAAGCCCUGAUAACUUCAAGAGGUUAUUAACACCAGCAAUGCCACCUCCACUUGAAAAUACACAACCCUCAUCCUCCGACCAGGUACAAUGAUGAACCUAUUCUGCUCUGCCAGUCCCAACAAACCGCACUGAAGUGGGAAGAGAAAGAAUGAAGGCAUCGCCAUUUCCUUCUGCAGUGCCAGAGAACGCUCUGGGAGCAGCGCCAUGCCUGGGAAGGCUCAGGGGAGGCUGGGCUGCCAGCCCUGGCACCUCGCUGAUUCUCAGCACUAUUUGUUGCUUUUUUUAAACUGAAAGUGAGUUGAAACUAAUGAAAACACGCUGCUUUAGCAGCCAGGGAUUCCACAGCCAAGCCCUGCUUAAACUUACUUGCGUAAAUAGCUUUGUUAUAGGACACUUUCUGAGUAAAAUGAGUGGAAUUUAGUGUAAAAAUGGAGUAAAAAAAUCUUGCUCUUUUUUUCCCCUAUAUUUCCAAAUGCAUUCUAAUUUUUUGCCUGUACAAAGGUAACCCUGUUCAUGCAAGCUAGUGUUUAAUGGCCAUACUGAAUAAUAGCCCAAAGAUGAGUCAGAGCCUUGCUGAAAGUUGCACUGAAGCUGUAGGAGAACAUAAACCCUGAACCAAAAUGUAACUGCAGCCUUUUCUUCUCCUGCACCAAGGUACAGUUCCAGCCUCUGCAACUCUUGUUUGCUCUUCCAAAAAUACGAAGCCAAAUCCUCUGGUGUGAAUUGGUGUACUUGCUCCUACGCUGAUAAACCACUGCAGUUCUGUAGCAAGAGAGGGAACCCUGACCUCACCAUUGCUUUUUUUUAUAGGUGAUUGACUGAAAAAGAAUAAAUACUCUGGUCUGAAAGAAAUUCCAGACUGGUUAUAUGUUAUGGCUGUAUCCACUUCUUCAACUAUGGAGAGGGAAAUUCAUGAAUUAUGAGCUAUCCCAAGCUUUAAUAUAAGCUGGGAACUUUCUUAUGAAACUACUUUGACUGAAAAGGUUGAAGGGCUGAAAUACUGUUUGAAAUGCAUUUAUUUCUGAUAAAAUUCCAUAGGAUUUCUUGUCAAUAUUUCAAGCUGUCAGACAGCUCUUAUUUCCUGUGUCUAUUGUUUGAAUUAGCUUUGCUGCAUAGAAUUUUGGCUGAAAAAGCGAGUUGGUGCAGUGCAAUAGCAAAUCCAGCUUUUUGUUCCUCUUCAGACUAAUAGAGCUGAUAUUGGUGUCCGUUUUGUAGACUCAACAUUUAGACACAUGCAGAAGCUGUGUACAUAUAUAUGUAUGUGUGUGCAUAGCACAAUUAGAUUUUGCUCAUUUUCGAGAAAUGAGACUUGGUCUUUUAAUCAGGUCUAAACUUGCAAACACUUAAGUAGGUUUCCACAGUGAUAUUGUAAUUUCAUAUCUGUGACAUCACAGGACAGUAAUAAUUACUUCAGCUUUUAUUAUCUACUGUCUACAGCCUUUGUCAUUUCACAGGGUACCAAGUGCAUUUACUGGGAUACUCUUCUUCUUAGAUAAACAGUGGUUAAAUUUUGUUAUCGUAAAAUGUUCUAAAUGCCUGAAACACGAAGGGAACAGUCCUAUUUCUCAAACACCGCAGGAUGAAAUCACAUACUUUGGGGAACUGUUGCUUAUUAAGAAAUUAUUUAUGAGUUGAAUUAUAUCACUUCUAAAUAUAUAAAGAGUUGGGAUGGCUUCCAACAAUUACGAAAGGAGUGAGCCAAGUGAUGCUUUCCAAUUAAAUCAGAUGGACUUUUUUUUUAUUAACUUCUCAGUGUUUUGUGUUUGUUCUUCUGUUGCUCGUGAUUCAAGUAGAUAACGCAUUAACCUCGUACAACAGAAGUCUCGCACAUCCCCUCUUUGGUAUCCUUUCAUGCAGUGGUGAUCCGUAGGAGUCUCUGUAGGUGCUUUCUACAUUAAAGGUUUCUUUCUUGUCCACAUAAAUGCUGCUGGUGAUGCUUAAGCUCUUGCUUUUAUUUAGGACGAGUUGUUAUACAGAGCUUCAAAGCUUCUAACUUCUGAUGGCUCAUUUAGAUCUCUAUAGUUCAGUCUUUGAUAAUGACUGUGAUCAAAAAAUUGCAGAAAACAGAGCAGUGCAGAAAACACUGACCUCUGUGGUAGUGCCUACACUGCUUAGGCUAUGGAAGGAAAUAGGCGUAACUCCAUGACCUAAUGUCUUAGAAGGAGAAUAAAGAUGAAUUAAUUAAAAACAAAAGUGCUAAAGAAAAGAAAAAUCCAUUAAACCACAGAGCACUCAAUUUCCCACUUGCACUGGAAGAAAUUCAGAAGCUUACAGAGAGUUUACGAACUACCUAUGCACUACAGUUCAUGUGCUAUAUAGCACUUGACCCAGCUCUCUAUAGAGUAAAAAAAUGUCACAACACUCAACAGACGCUGAGGCUUUAUUUUCUAGGUAAAAAAGUUAUAGAAAGUUACUUGUCUAGGCUGAAUCCUAGACUGUGUAGAUCUGAAUGGACAUACUCAGACCAGAGCAGCUCAUGACCUUUUUUCAAGGUGUCAAUGUAAAAGGUAAGUAAGAAACCUAGUCAAUUAACUAUAAGCUUAAAUUUACUAUAAAAAUGCUCUCAACUGAAGAAAUGUUAAGUAAUCUGCAAAAUGAAACAAAACACUGAAAAUCACUGCAGUAGACUACUGGAAUGUGAGUAUUUACUCCUUGGCAGGUCAGCCUUCCUAUUGCUGCCUACAGUCACUGCUGCUGCAGAGUUGCCUUUGUUCUAUGCUGAAGGAGUUUUUCUCUGGAGUUUUUACAGAUUGUCUUUAUUGUGGGGUUUGCCUAUUUUGCCUAUUUGAAGUUUGCCACAAAAAAAGAAUAUUUUUUUCCCCGGCACUUUGAAGUAGAUAGCAGGCUCCUGUGUCUCUGGCACAUUUACUUAGCUGUGUUACCGGUUCAUCUAGUCACUGAUUGAUCGUUCACAAGAUUAAAAUAAAGGUUUCUCCUCCACUUAGCUGGAAAAUGAAACCAGAUUGUGUUACUUGGAAAGACGAUUUAAAAUGAUGGAAACAAUUCUUGUACAAGAACGACAGAAAUAACCCAUCACAAGGGUAUUCCUCAGUUGCCCAUUGAAACAGCAGCCUAUUGUGCUUUGCUUUUCACUGACGCACUUCUGGAGCUGGUGGGUCUGAACUGCUUCUUUCUGUCUGGAAAUGGAGUGGCUAUUCCAUAGCCUUUAUCCAAAAGCUCCUUUUGAAAUCUGAAACACUGGACCACAGAGAUCUGCCAGAAAAUGCCAGUGGGAAUGUAGGAAGGCAGUCCUUGCCUAGUGUCUGUACAUCCUGCCAGCUCCUCCCUUUCUGCUACAACAAUUCAUGUGCUGUAAUGGUGGCUAUCAUUGCUUAAGCCAUAUAUAGGAGCUUCAGCCAGUGGAUUUGUGAAGCCAAAUCCAUUUGUCACACCUCCACACCUCCAAAAACCUGUAUGAGAUCUUCCCUGCAACAAUAUUUAACAGUUACCUCACUACAUCUUCACAAUGACAUCCAGAGGGCAGUGGCACAGAAAAAUACAUCCUUCUGUACUUUCAACACAUGCCCUUAAACAGAUUUUUGUGGAAUAUCCACUUGCACUUUCACAAGCCAUUAAGUUCUAUAGAACUCUUACCAAACAAUAUCAACCAUUAACAGACACUUAUAGGCAGAAUUUAAGGUGUUUUGUUUUUAUGCUGUAUUAUCUGAGGUAGUGGAACACAUGGAGAAUCGCUACAAAAAUCUUCAAAUUACUAAACGCCAAUGUAAGCCCUUACAAGUAUACAGACCUUAGGUCUUUACUGAAGUAUAUCACACUGAGAAUUUUUUUACCCAUAGAAAUUUCACAGUCAGAGCUGGUAUAGGAUAGAGGAAGGAGUGGGAGUAGGCAAAGCCUUAUCCCCCUGUCACCCACAUCUCAGCUCAAUCCAUUCGUUUCAUUCUGUUACUGGAGCUGUGCAGUGUAUGCUCCUCUCUUAGAUCAGGACUGCAGCCAUCCCUGCUGAUCGUAAAGUUUAACCUUCUCAGCCCCUUUAACGGCAGCUCACAUCCAAAACAGCACUUAGCUGCUCCAAAAAUUAUCAUAGCUUCUCUUUUUGAGUCACUGCCAAUGCAGAUUCUGUCAAAUUGGUUAUUUACAAUACAUCCUAAAAGCCCUUUGACAUCCCAAUCAGUAGCAAAAUGAAAUAAGCAUUGAUUUCUUACAAGAUGUAUCAAUCUUUAUGUCUUUAUGGAGAGGAAAGAAAACAGAGGCUUCAGAGAUAAUCAGAGUAAUAAUAACUUAUAAGUCUCCAUCUGCAAAUAGCAACACAUACUUGUAUAUAUUCAAAAGGAUUUUAAACAUUUUCUACAUUUUAUAAUUGGAAAGCUCUCCUCUUAGAGCAUACUGAACCACAGAAUGGCUUGGGUUGGAUUGAACAUCGAAGAUGAUCUAGUUUCAACCCCUCUGACAUGGGUAGAGAUUGCCACAACUGAAACACAGAUAUUUUCAAUUCCUGGUUGCAGAAUACAUCCCGCUUAAUGAGCCAUCACCGUGAAGUGUGUUGCUUCUAGUAAACAGCCAUUAAAAUGAAGGUUAUCUGACAGAGUGCAGACCUAGCCAGUUAUUAAUGAUAACACUUAGCACCUAGAUGAUCUAAGAGUCUCUUCCUGCUCAGUGAGAACUGAGAAUUCUCUUGCAUUUGUGCCAGAAAUGUCAUUCUGUAAUAUUCCUAUUUGGAAAAGGAAAAUGAAAAGAAACAGAAGCAUGUCCCACCCAUUCCCUUCUAGGCAGGAGUUAUGAAAAUCAUACAAAAUUGUACAGAAAAUAAUUUCUUGGUUGAUGUCACAGCUGGGAUUAGAACUACCUGCCUCUUAUAUUCCAAUUUCUUAAUCAUUGGAAAGGUAAUGUCCUCACUGAAAUAUUUCUUACAGGACUGUCCUAGACAACAUCUAAGAUGAAGAGAAUCAGCCCCGUAUUUGGACUCCCACCACAGUCACUUUAGAAAGUAAGUUAUCUGUCUCUCUUUGUUUAUGUAACCUAAACAUUUGUAUUCUCAUGUAAUUUGUACAAGAUUCUUUUUUUAACUUCCAAACAAAAAUGAUACCUUCAAAUCUUCUGAAAAAAAUACCAGCAGUAUCUUUUACUUCUCUUAAACUGCAAACACCUUUGUGCUAAAUAUGCUAUCCAUCUCAGAGAACACAUCACUGUUAUUUUUUAAUUUAUCCAAUCAUGUAAUCUUUGUUCUUGUAGCCAGCAGAUUUCACACUCAAGCUGAGAAUUUUCAUUAAGGUUUGAAAAAGAACAGAUUUUGGGACACAGCUAGUCAUGAUUCCUUUAUUAUACACACGUAUUAUCAAGCAUUCUGGUAAAUGUGAGCUUUCCAAAGGUUUAUGCCAUUUGAAAAUGUGUACUUAGCAUGAAACCUGGGUUUUCCAGUUGUAUUGUCUUCUGCAUUUGAACACAAACUUUCCUGUGCUAGGAAGCCAGCUUUGCACACAGGCCAAUUAACCACCAUUCGGAACGGAGGAGGAAUGAUUACUGUACUGGAGUGCUGCUGUUUCUUAGCAACCAUGAAAGAUAGAGUGAAGGAUAUUCAAGAGAGACCCAAAUAACAUCUUUUCCAGAUUGAGAACUUCCACCUAGAUUACCUGCUAGCAUGGUAGUCAAUUAAUUUUAAAUUUCCAUUUUCCUACUCUGGUGCUGUGUUCCUAGCAGGCUCAAACAGCUUGACUUGCACAGUCUGAGAUGGCACUUAAGCAUUUAAUUUCCACAGAGAUGAUACCUGCUAGCUACUUGUUGCUACUUUGGGAAAAUUGUAACAUUUCAUUAGAAAAAUAUUUUUCUGUUUCCUUCCAAAAUAAUGGCUGCCUUAUUUCACUCCUCAGCUGGUGGGAGUUUUACCAGUGUAAAACUGCAAGGUUAUGCCCUGUUCCAAUGCUACACAAAAAUGAAAUUGAUUUUAUUAACAGCAAGAUGGGAAAUUAUGAUGUUCCUCAUAAUGCUAAUAAAGUAUUUUGAGCGCUUAAAUUACUGUGUUCUGAAGAUACUUAUUUCACAUUACCAAUUUUACACUGCAAGACAAACAAUGGUACCACUGGUUUUCAACAAUACGAACAGAAUUCAAAACGCAGUCUGGCAACUGAAAACUCCAGUUCCAUAGGAAACACAUCUGGCACAGAAAAGGAAGAACAGCAGGGUCAAUACAUAGCGUUAGCACCCACCAACCAAAGGGCUCCCUUUGUACAGUGAGGCCAUCCCAGGUGGGAGUCUGCCCCUCAUAGCACAAGGUGUUCCUCAGCAGCCAAUUAAGGGCAUUGCUGAGCACCUGCACCUGGUGCUUGAAAUGGAAGAGAGGUGGUGGGAAGGCAUGUGGCCUGCUGCAGGGGAGUACAGAGAAGAAGGUGCUUGUGGAAGGCUUGUGCACACCUUGUCAGGUCCGAGUGAUGGUGGAUUUAUGUAACAGCACAAAAGGGAUAUGCUUAACAGGCCCCCCAGGUCCCCCAGGGCCACCUGGGCUCGAGGGACCUCCUGGCUACAAUGGCUCAGAUGGAGCCCCGGGUGUUCCAGGCCAAAAGGGAGAACCAGGACUAAAUGGAAAAAGGGGAAAAAUAGGUGUGCCAGGACCAAAAGGUGACCAAGGACAGAAAGGAGAACCUGGAGAAAUAGGUUUACCUGGCAAGGAUGGUAUGCCUGGUGGAAAAGGUGCAAGAGGAGCAAAGGGAGAAAAGGGGGAUGCAAACAAUGAUGUGAUAUUGGAAGGUGCAAAAGGUGAACCUGGACCACCAGGCCCCCCUGGGCCACCUGGACCCCCAGGGCCUCCAGGAAAACGUAAAGGUAAAGCACAGCUUCAGGACAACUUGUACAGCAACAAAUGCACAGGUGAGACAUGUGCUGUACCCAAUGAUGACACCCUGGCUGGAAAAGCUGAAGACAGAACCUCCGAUCAUUCCAAAAAACCUGAAUGUGUCAUAACAUCCGUAGGAAGUCCUGUUCACUUUGUCAGCGUACAGCAAACCUUUGGAACUUGGAUGCGGGAGCCUGCCAAUGUGAGCGAUGAAAGGAUUUGGCUUACCAUGCACUUCUCAGGAAACUCUAUAAAAGAAUAUGAGAACUCCAACGCCUUGCUGAAUGACAGCUACAGGAUCAUUAACAUCACAGGGUUCUUUUAUGGUUGCGGUCACGCAGUACAAAACAAUCAUCUGUACUACCAAAAGGGAGGAACCAAUGUCAUUCUGAAGCUUGGGCUUGAUAAAGCAUCGCUGGGCACGCUGCUCAUUGAAAAUGCCUUAUAUCAUGGUCGUAACUACCUCUUCUCUAACUCAAAGACGUAUUUCAAUGUAGCAGUGGAUGAAAAAGGUCUCUGGAUUAUAUAUGCCUCAAGCACUGAUGAAACUAUCAUAGUAGCACACAUCGAUGAAGAAACGUUCUCAGUCAUUCGGCAUAUCAAUACCACAUAUCCUAAGUCCAAAGCUGGUAAUGCAUUCAUAGCAUGUGGAAUUAUGUAUGUUACUGAUACUAAGGACAUGACAGUAAGUUUUGCUUUUGAUUUAUUGAAAGAAAAGCAGAUUGAUGCAAGGUUUGAGUUACGAUCUUCACAGUCUGUUCUUGCUAUGCUUUCAUACAGUCUAAGAGAUAAGAAUUUGUAUACAUGGGAGAAUGGGAGUUUAAUGGUAUAUCCAGUGCAUUUUGGUGGAUGAAUAUAUUUUAAAAAGGAAUGUUAGGGAGUCGUGUUUGACUAAAGAGAUUAUUUAAAGCUAUGUGGUAUACACUUUGGAGUCCCUUCACUUGGUAUACACUUUCUGUUCACUGAUGGUGGUUUGCAUGUGUGCUCAAAAGGGAAAUCAGACCCCUUUGUAUAAAUGCACCUAAAUCAUCCAGGCCAUAGCUUCUUUUUGUUGUUCAAAGAAUGACUGUUCAAUAUUACAGCUGGCACACAGUUACCACAGACUUGCUUUUGUUUUUCCCAUUCUUGAGCCAAUAAUUAGACCUAAUAUUUGUUGAUUAUUCCAUGGUCAUGCGAUCAGCAGUGACUGUUUAUAACUUUCAGUUGCAAUCAUCUUAUCUGCAAUCAUUUUUGAGUCAGUGAUUAUGGUAUACUGUGUCUAAAUAAUGAACUUGUGUACAAAUACCUUUCUCUGUUAUUUUCACUUAAUACUUGCCCCGAUCCUCUGUGAAUAUAUAUUUGACAAGGAUAUAGGGCUGUUAAAAAGAGUGGGAAGAGUUGUUUAAGUAUCAAAAAGCUUCAAAUUAGAGAAGUCCAGCCAACUGUUACAUCAUUAAAGCACAAUCCAGCCCUAGUUCCAAGGAAAAUGGUGUUAUUAAAUACUGAAGCACGUGAAACUGUUUAGUAAAGCGAAUGUGGGCAGGAAAGUAACUGGGUAUAAAAUUGGACAAAAACAUGUACAAUUUUUUAUUAAAAUUCCUGUUUUAACAGUG